AUGACCUUUGGUAAUAGGAAAGUCCAAUUAAACGUGUUUUCCCGUGCAUCUGAUUCUCUGGUUAGUGAUGAAUGCUUUAUGGCAGAGAUCAUUGACGAGUGUCCUCCUCAUGAAAAUGGAGUAAACACAACAGAGACGUGUGUUAUUUGUGACAGGGAACAGGCUGAAUUGUCGGAAUGUUUGAAUGAAGCUGAAAAGGAAUUGGAGGUGAUGGCAAUUAAAGACGGGAGACCCACUUGGACUCAUCAAGUGGAAAGUCUACCCGAGCACAUAGAUACGCAUUUAAAGCCAUCAUUGGAAUCACCUCCACAAGUAGAGCUGAAGGAGCUGCCGAAACACCUCAAGUACGCUUUUUUGGGAGACAAUGACACCCUUCCGGUGAUCAUUGCAGCAAAUUUAACAAAAGCUCAAGAAAAGGCUUUGAUGGGGGUGUUAGUGGAGUAUAGGGCAGCAAUUGGAUGGACGAUUGCAGACCUAAAGGGGAUUAGUCCAUCUAUAGUGAUGCACCGGAUAAUCACCGAAGAAGGCGCAAAGCCGGCAAGGGAUGCACAGAGACGUCUGAACCCGAAUAUGCGGGAAGUGGCGAAGAAAGAGGUACUAAAGUGGCUGGAUGCAGGUAUAAUCUAUCCUAUAUCUGAUAGCACAUGGGUCAGCCCAACUCAAACGGUACCAAAGAAGGCCGGCAUACAAGUUGUGAAAGGUGAAGAUGGCGAACAGAUUGCCACUCGGCCGGUAACCGGGUGGCGGAUUUGCAUUGACUACCGGAAGUUGAAUGCUGCAACUUCAAAGGACCAUUUCCCCUUGCCUUUCAUAGAUCAAAUCGUAGAGAAACUCGUAGAUCAGUUAACAAAAGUGUUAAAAAGAUGUAUCGAGUCUAACUUGGUUUUAAGUUGGGAAAUGAGCCAUUUUAUGGUUCAAGAGGGGAUCGUGUUGGGCCACAUGAUUUCAGGUAGGGGAAUUGAGGUAGAUCACGCGAAAAUUCAGGUUAUUUCUACUUUACCUCCUCCCACUAAUGUUAAGGGUGUCCGUUCCUUUCUAGGACACGCCGGGUUUUAUAGACGGUUCAUUAAAGGAUUUUCUGUUAUCACAAAACCGCUAUGUAACCUUUUGUUAAAAGAUGUCCCAUUUGUGUUUGAUGAAAAAUGCUUAAAAGCUUUUAACAACUUAAAACAACAAUUGUUCGAAGCCCCCAUUUUACAAUCACCGGAUUGGUCGCUCCCUUUUGAAAUCAUGUGUGACGCGAGCGACUAUGCGGCGGGGGCAGUGUUGGGACGAUGCGUUGACAAGAAACCCGUGGCUAUUUAUUAUGCAAGCAAAACUCUUUCUGAUGCUCAAUUGAAUUACACCACUACUGAGAAAGAGUUGCUUGCAGUUGUUAAUGCGUUGGAUAAGUUUAGGUCUUAUUUGUGGGGUAGCAAAGUUGUUAUCUAUUCUGAUCAUAGUGCUUUCAGGUACCUCAUGGAGAAAAAGGACGCUAAACCAAGGUUAAUCCGAUGGAUUUUGUUAUUGCAGGAAUUUGACCUUGAAAUUCGUGAUAAGAAGGGUAGUGAAAACGUCGUAGCAGACCAUCUAUCACGGGUAGUGCAUGAGAUAGAUGCACCGGAUGUUGAAAUCAAUGAAACAUUUCAUGAUGAACAUAUAUUAUUUGUUUCAACUAAACUGUGGUUUGCUAAUUUUGCUAACUUUGCCGUUACAGGUGAUAUUCCGUAG